GAUUGAUGGGGUGAAUAUAAAAGAGAUUUCUUUGGAGAGACUCCGCCAGAGUAUUUCGAUUAUUCCGCAACAUCCAUUUUUAUUAUCUGAUAUGAUGAGAAAUAACUUGGAUCCUUUUCAAUAAUUUUCCGAUUUGAAAAUUUGGAAUGCCUUAAGAGAUGUUGAAAUGAAAAGCGUUGUUGCUAAUCUCCCAGAUGGGCUUUUGACUAAAAUUACAGAUGGUGGUUUAAAUUUAAGUACGGGUCAACGGCAAUUAAUUUAUUUAGCAAGGACGAUUAUUAAAAAAAAUAAGAUUUUUAUACUAGACGAAGAAAGAAAUUGGUCAUCCUCGGAUUUUACUUGAGAAAAAGGGAAUGUUUUACGAAAUGGUUCAAAAAACUGGAAUGUCAAUUAAUUUAUAAAUAUAUUAUUUUUAAUUUAUCAAAACUUUUAUUACAUCACUAAUUUAAUUAACCACAAAUCGAUAAAAAACAAUAACAAAUUAAUAUUUAUUAGAAUCUACUUCAAAUUCGCAAUUAAUGCGCAGAUUACAAUAACAAAAAAAUAUUUUGAAGUCUUUGCAAUAUUCAUUAAAAAACUGUUACCAUACAAGCAGUAUAAAUUAUUGUAAUGGAUCAUGAUAUGCAUAAAUAGGGAUCAAUUUUUAAAUCGAUACAAAAUGAGUCCCAUCACAGAGUUUUAUAAAGGAAAAACGGUGUUUGUAACAGGAGCAACGGGUUUUAUGGGAAAAGUUCUAUUAGAAAAAUUAGUUAGAAGUUUACCCGAUAUUAAAAAAAUCUACAUUUUGAUGCGUUUUAAGAAAGGUUGUGCUCCACAAGAAAGAAUUAAGCAAUUAACCGAGAACACUAUAUUCACCUUUCACAAUAUGACUCAAAAAGCUUACGAAAAAAUUGAAGCAAUCAGCGGGGAUAUAACCAAAGAAGAUUUCGAUAUGUCUGAAAGUGAUAAAGAAAAGUUAAUUAACGAGGUAUCAGUUGUGUUUCAUCUUGCUGCGUCGGUUAGGAUGGAUCUUCCAUUGAAAGAAGCAGUUAUUACGAAUACCAAGUCAACACAUCAAUUAUUUAAGUUUUGUAUGAACAUAAAAGAAUUGAAGUCUGUUGUUCAUUUAUCCACAGCUUUUUGUAAUGUUGAAAUUAAAAAUAUGGAGGAGAAAGUGUACCCGAUGGAUGUUGAUCCUUAUAAAAUUAUUGACAUGGUCGAGUGGAUGGAUGAUAAAUCAUUAUCUAAAAUUACUAAAAAAAUAUUAGGUUCUCAUCCAAAUACUUACACAUUUACCAAAAGACUUGCCGAAUUAAUAGCAAUCGAUAUGGGUGAUAAAAUACCAAUAAUUAUAACAAGACCUUCUAUUGUUGUUCCUUCUUUGUGCGAACCAACUCCGGGUUGGGUGGAUAAUUUUAACGGCCCUUUAGGAUUAUUUACAGCUGCUGGAACAGGGGUUUUAAAGGUAUGCUUAAUGGAUCAAGAUAGUGUCCCCGAAACAAUCCCCGUAGAUUUCGCCAUAAACACCAUAAUAUGCAGUGGAUACGAAAGAGCAAAUACAACUUAUGCAAUAACUCCCACGAUUAAUUUAACAAGUGGUCGUAAAUAUCCAUAUACUUGGCGUGAAAUCAUAGAAGCAUACACAGAGCAAGGACUUAAAUACCCGUUUAAACACGUUCUUUGGCAUCCCGGGGCUUACGUUACAAAAUCUUAUUACGUCUUCUUAAUUUGUUCGUUUUUAUUCCAAAUUAUUCCCGCUUUAAUAAUCGAUUUUUUAUUAAUUAUGUUUUUACAGAAACCUUUCUUGAUUAACAUACAAAAGCGAAUACUACAAACGUUUCAAACUCUACAAGACUUCAUUGUGAAAAAAUGGACCUUUGCUAACGGUAAUUGCAUUAAACUGGAAGAAAAACUUAAUAAAGCUGAUAAAGAAGUUUUUUAUGGCAUCAUGUCGAAAUCGAUCGAUUUAAAAGAGUACGCUUUUCACACUCAACAAAUCACCAAAAAGUAUUUGGUUAAAGAUAAUUCGGAGAAUUAUGAGUUUUAUCGAUUUCGGGGAAAAAUAUUAUAUUUAUUGGAUCGAUUUGUUAAAUUCUAUUUUGUGUAUUUGAUGUUGAAGUGGAGUUUUUUAUGUCUCAAUAAUUGCUUAAACGCGACCUUUAAAAAUCUCUUGGGUAAAAUGAGCCCAAUUACUGAAUUUUACGCCGGAAAAACGGUAUUUAUAACUGGCGCAACUGGUUAUAUGGGAAAAGUUUUGUUGGAAAAGUUAGUACGCAGUUUACCUGAUAUUAAAAAAAUUUAUAUCCUAAUUCGUCCUAAAAAAGGGUGUACACCGCAAGAAAGAGUUAAACAAUUAACAGAUGGCUUGAUAUUUACGUUUCAUAACAUGAAUCAAAGAGCUUACGACAAAAUCGAAGCUAUCAGUGGUGAUAUCACCAAAGAAAAUUUUGAUAUGUCAGAGAUUGAUAAAAAGAAGUUAAUCGAAGAGGUUUCCAUUGUAUUUCAUGUUGCGGCUUCUGUUCGAAUGGAUUUAUCGUUAAAAGAAGCCGUUAUAACUAACACUAAAUCGACGUAUCAAUUAUUUAAGUUUUGUAUGAACAUAAAAGAAUUGAAGUCUGUUGUUCAUUUAUCUACAGCUUUUUGUAACGUUGAAGUUAGUUACAUGGAAGAGAAGGUAUAUCCAUUGAAUGUUGAUCCUUAUAAAAUUAUGGAUUUGGUUGAAUGGAUGGACGAUAAAUCUUUAGCUUGCAUAACAAAGAACAUAACUUCUCCACAUCCAAACACCUAUACAUUUACCAAACGACUUUCAGAAAUCAUUGCGAAAGAUAUGGGUGACAAAUUACCAAUUGUAAUUACAAGACCAUCUAUUGUUGUUCCAGCCUUAUACGAACCAAUUGCGGGUUGGGUUGAUAAUUUUUACGGACCUAUUGGGCUUUUAAUAGCGGCUGGAAAAGGAGUUUUGAAAACAGCUUUGGUGGAUCGAAAUCUUUCUCCACAAGUAAUUCCAGUUGACAUUGCGAUUAAUGGCUUAAUAUUGGCUGGAUACGAACGUUCAAAACAAAAGCAUUCGGAAACACCUACAUUUAACUUAACACAAGGAAAUCUUUAUGAUAUGUCCUGGGGAGAAGUUUUCGACGUCCUUCUGCAUUACGCUCAUAAAUAUCCAUUCAAAACCAUUCUUUGGUAUCCACGAUAUUCUGUGACGACAAAUUACAAUUUAAAUGUACUAUUGACUUAUAUUUUCCAUUUUAUUCCGGCAUAUUUCAUAGAUUUCCUGCUUAUCAUUUUCUUACAAAAGCCGUUCUUGGUGAAUAUUCAGAAACGUAUUUUUGCGGCCUCGAAAGUUUUGUAUCAUUUUGCCGUAAAGAAAUGGGAAUUUUCCAUUGAUAAUUUAACCAAGUCCACUAAAGAAUUGACGAAUGAGGACAAAGAAAAGUUUUAUUCCAUCGAUUUAGUUAAUAUUGAUGUGCAAAAAUACUUGAGGGAAGGUUACUUUUCAGCGCGAAAAUAUUUAAUUAAGGAUUACGAUGAGAAUUUGGACAUUUAUAGGAUAAGAAAUAAAAUAUUAUUCGUUGUGGAUGCUUUUCUUAAAAUUCUCUUCCUAUAUUGGAUUAUAAAUUUAUUUUUGUCAUUAAUCCGUUAAUUUUUGUUUUAAAUCCAGUCAUUAGAGGUCUUAGGUCGUUUGAAUGUAAACCUGAAACACAAUAAACUCGAUGAUUUAAAACAA